GUUUCAUAUUUUAAAAACACACUAGAGAGGAUCUAUGCAUCUUAUUACAAAAUUUCGAUUAACAAGAUACAUGUCAGUGCAUAGAUUAAUCAUCAUAUUUGCUAUUGUCAAUACAUUCAUCUUAUUAUGGAUGAUAUAUGAGUAUAGUGUUUAUAAUAGUUGGAGAGAAAUACUUCAAAUUGAUGAUAAUCACUUGGAUGGUAUGGAGUUGACAUCUUUAACCAGGUCAAAAGAUUUACGUGUUUACAUUGUAGAAGAACAUCAUGAAGUUAUCCCAUAUUGGUUUGAUGCUGCUAAAUCAUUUGGAAAUAAAAAAGCUGUUCUGGUUCAUAUUGAUGCUCAUAGUGAUAUGGAUUAUCCAGAAUUAGUUGAUGGCUUUCCAAUUGGUCAUUUUCCACGUUCACGCGAUGAAAUUGAAACACUGAUGCAAGCGAAUGAUGAAUUUAUUCAAAGUGCAAUUAUUUCAAAUCUUCUACAAAGUGUUUAUAUCAUUUAUCCAUAUUGGACAUUUAAUACCAGUUAUGCAUAUACAUCAAGUUUAGGCAUAAUAUCAAUCAAUGAUACACAACAAAUAUGCAUGUGUCUUGAUAUUAACAACAGCAACAACAAUAACGGUGAUACCGGUGACAGUGUCGAUGAUGAUGAUGGCGAAGGAGAUAGCGAUGAAGAAAGUUGUAAAACACGUAAACAAGAUAACAGUUUAAAUGAUGCCUUAAUUCCAAAUAAACAAUGUUCAAAAACAUGGUUAUAUCAUUUCGCUGAAUUCAAUUCACGUACCGCUUCGAAUAUAUUACGGUAUUCAAAAUAUUGGUCAUUGAAAAAAAUACUGAAUAUAACUAAUGCUUUAACUGUAUCUUAUGCCUUUCCAAUACCACGUUUUCUACAACAGAUACAUCGAAGAUGGCAACAGCAACGACAACAACAACAAAAUCGAAUCAAUAAUGAUACUCAUCUCCCGUUAAUUCUUGACAUUGAUGAAGAUUUCUUCGGUGUACAUUUAGUAAUGCGUAGUUUACUGAAAACAGGAUUAACAUCAGAAUUUAUCUUCUCAUUGAAUAAUCUUAUCCCAUCAAUAUUUUGUCCAUUAUCUCAUAUCGAUGAAUUAGAUAUUGAUCAAAUCUAUCGUUGGCUCCUUGAACAAGUUUAUCUCACUACACACUAUUCAAAUUAUCGAAAAAGAUUUACCAUUGAAAGUUAUGCACUGAAUGAUAUUUUAAGUAGUAUUAAUAAAAAUCUACAAAUAACUGAUAUCUUCUGUCAUAAUUAUACAUUAGCGCUGAAAAAAUUCAAUGAAUUAUUUAAGAACACAUCAAUCACUUAUGAACAGUUUAAUGCAUUAACACGUGUUGGUGUCUGCUUGACAAACUCUCUGUUAACUCAUCAGUAUACACCAGAGAUCCACCUGUGCAUAGGACAUAAUACACCGAAUGCUUCAUUAGUUGAAGAAUUCAUUCCGACAUCAGAUGAUCUCUUACAGUUGGCAGUACAAUUUACACAAAUCCUAUUGUCACUGCCAUAUCCACCGAAUGUGAUCAGUGUAUCACGUUCAUCACGUGACGGCUAUACUCCAAGAUGGUUGCAGUAUAAUAUUGAAACAAUUAUAUUGAAUAUAUUAAAGCGAGUGUUUGAUUUAACCGAUGAGAAUAUUGUCUAUACAAAGUAUUUAGCUGGUAAUAAACGCCAGGGCUGGUAUCGUCGAUUCACAUGGACAAGUGAAGAGGAAUGA